AUGCCCGGGAGUUUGAAUUCCUGUCCUAAUAACCCUAACACUCAGCACUGUGUCCUUUUUUCAACAGUGUCACACUGGACGGGCCCGCAGUCACUCUACUAUUGCUUCCCCCGCAGUCGCACUUUGCUGCAGAUAGCACGGUUUAUCUUGGAUGACCCCGAUCUGAGCACUCAGCUUGGCUACGGUGCGUUGUUGGGGAGCAAUCGGUCAACCGAGUUGUUGAAACAGUACAUUUAUUGCUCUGCGCAUGUGCCGGCUGCUUCCAGCAAUGAAAGAUACCACGCCGCAUCGUGGUGCAUAGCCUCUGUUGGCAUAACCCUAAUCUUGGUUGCCACGGUCUGUGACUACAAGUGGCGAGUGGGGACCAGUAGUGUCACACACGAGGCAGAUGAAACGGGAAAUGAAGGGGCAAGCGAACUCAACCCACGCGCCACUCCCGCGUGUUUGCCUUUGAUUAGCGCAGAGGAAGUACGUGAGGACUCUACUAAACUGCCUACUACGCCUAGCCCCGAUUGCUCCCGUCAGUGUCCCCGCGCGGGUGGGCUUAGCCGAUUUCACCAAAUAUAUGGUGUGCAUUCGCCACUUCUAACACCCGAGGAGCAACUUACAGCACAGAGUGCUGUGGAUAGUUCGAGCGCGUCGAUACCUUCCGCACAGGAGGCUUCGGUGUUCAGUUCUUUGACUCAGCAACGUUUGGGGUUUCAAGGGACCUCCAUGAGGAGCGACGAGCAAUUUUUGGGUAUUAAAGCUGGUGUGGCACUGGCGUCAGUACCCACUUUAAUGCAAGAGUCUGGAGAUGGAGGUAAUUCUUGUGUAACAAAACUGCACGCCCUCAACGUCGAAAAGCUGAAUAGGUCCCUGCAAAAGGAUCCACUGAGGGGAUCGGAUGCGCCUGUUUUGAGAUCCGGUGUGGCGCACGUUGUGCAGUGUUUGUCGCUGGUUAGCAGUUUCCAGAAGUGGCGAGGUUACCCUGAGUCGGAAUCCGACUUGAAUCUGUUUAACGGGCUCCGUGUAAUCACUUUCCUUUGGGUAACGAUAUUCGGAACGUUUUGGUUUACCCAACAAAUUAGUCCUGUGAACAGUUCUGUGGUUCCGAGUGAUAGCAUGCUUUACGCCUUCCUCCAGAAGAGGAUUUUCUCCGCUUGCGCUAUUAGCACGUUUCUUGUUAUUGCUGGGUUUCUAACUCUUCAUCGUCUUCACAUUUAUGAGGAGUGGCAAAUGAAAUCACCUGCCGUGCGUGCAAAGUGGUCGCGGGGCACGCGUAGGCAGUGGCUACUGAAGGGUGCUCUGUCGUAUACCCGUUAUGUGGUUUCUCGCUUCGUUCGUGUAAUUCCAGUCGCUCUCACGGUAACGUUGCUCGUGCCAAAUAUUUUGCCAGCGACUUCAAAGGGUCCGCUAUGGAUGGCGCUAUCAAAUGCACCGGCACUUCACAAAAACUGUGAAGACUACUGGUGGACGAACCUCCUGCUGAUCAACAAUAUGGUCCCCACCGAUGGAAGUAAGUGUUGUUUUCCUUGGUCCUAUUAUGUGGCACUUGAGUUCCAGUUGGUCGCUACCGGACCCCUCAUUUACCGGCUCGCUAGAUCUUUGCACACCCGUGUAUAUACCGCCGGCUCAAUUGCCUGCGUGAUGAUAGGUGUGGCCCUGCGCUACAGUGCAUUUAUGUCCAAGAAAGGCAAGCACCUCGAAAAGAGUGAAGCGGCACCGUAUACAUUCGACGCUGGGGCGCUGUAUGAGUGGCCGCACCUCAUGUUCAUUCCGUUUCUCGCUGGAGCCAUUCUCCAUCGCAUUUAUAUCGCCGUGAAGCAUCGUGCGCAGACGCUGCUUAUGUUUGGCCCUGAUAUGUUCACGGUUAUGCAUCGUUGCCCUGAGAGUACCACCACGGAGGAUAGGCUAAGUUACUUCAUACUGGAAAAACUGCGCCUUAGGAGCAUGCGCUUUCUGAUAAUGUGGGGAGGUAUUGGUAUGAUGUGUCUCUGUGUGUUUUGGGGUUGGAGCGUUCUUCACUUGUCACAAGAGACUACACAAGUGAGCGUAUGCCGUGCAGCCUAUGAGUCACUCAUUCUCCUUUUCUGGUGCCUUGGGUUGUGCAUGUUGGUUUUCCCCUUACUAUUUGGGUAUGGUGGAGCAACUCGACGGUUUCUUGUUCAUCCCUUAUGGUGUGGACUGUCGCGUCUGGUGCUGGUGGGAUAUCUGCUCACCCCUAUCGUCAUUGGCAUCGUAAACGCUCACUGGGGUCCCACAAACGUGGGUGUGAUGCUACUUCUUAUGUUGCGGUGGCUGGGAUGCACUUUUUUGACAUUUUUGGCAGCGUUCGUGCUUCACAUGCUGGUUGAACGGCCGUUCUUGUACAUCAGUUCACAAGGAAAGUACUGA